AUGGAAGUACUAGGGAGCGAGGAUUUGGAGGAAACAAACUACUCACUCCUCGAUUCUCUUCAGCUUUUCGCAUUGGCUAUGCUUCUCGAUCAAAUACAAUUUCGACACGAAAGUGAUGGGUGGAGUAGGGAGGAGUUUCAAGAGCUUCAGAACAUUAAUACUACUGCUAAUAUCUCAAAACAAGGGACUCAAAAUACUGCAGCAGUUCAAGCUGGGGUAGAAAAGAAUCUCAAUAUUACACAGCCAGUUGUAGGUCCAAAGAAUAAUGUAUUUGAAGAUGAGAAGAAUGAUCCAUCCCUAUCUACUACCAUUGCUAAUGACAAACUCCUUGAUGGACUUUUAGUUUCCUCAUUUGAUGAAGCAUCAUGCACAAGCAGGUAUCAAUCUUAUUUGUAUCGCAAAGCUUCUCCUCACAAACCUUCUAAAUAUCUGAUAUCCAAGCUACGAAACUAUGAACGUCUUCAUCAAAGUUGUGGACCUUAUACCAAAUCCUACAACGAAACCAUGAGAAAGGGUGCAAAAUUGAGCAAAAAUGAUGUUGGUAAAGAGUGCAAAUAUCUUGUCUGGACAGCUACCGAUGGGUUAGGGAACAGGAUGAUAACCUUGGUUGCAGCAUUUCUUUAUGCUAUCCUCACAGACCGUGUUCUACUUGUUAGAUUUGACGUUGAUAUGUUUGAUCUCUUUUGUGAGCCAUUUCCUGACUCCUCAUGGUUGUUGCCCAAGAAUUCUCCUUAUUGGAAAGAUCUGCAACAAUUUGAAACACGUGAAAGCUUGUUUAUGAAUAACAAGGAAAACAGAUCACAUGAGCUUUUGCCACCAGUUAUUUUUCUUAAUUUAAUGCAUACCCAUGUUGGUCAUACUGAUCUUUUUCAUUGUGAUCAAAGUCAGGAUCUUCUCCACAAAAUCCCCGUGCUGAUUAUAUGGUCGAAUCAAUAUUUUGUCCCUUCUCUUUUUAUGAUAUCCUCGUUUGAACAAGAGCUGAGCAAAAUGUUCCCUAACAAAGACACUAUAUUUUAUCAUCUGGGACGUUACCUUUUUCACCCAUCAAAUGAGGCAUGGGAACUAAUUCGGAAUUUCUACGAGGCACACCUAACUAAGGCAGAUGAGAGGAUUGGCCUGCAGAUUAGAGUAUUUAAUACCCAACAAACACCACAUCAAAUCAUUCUCAAUGAAAUUGUAGCUUGCGCGCAUCAAAAUAAGUUGUUGCCAGAAUUCGAGCUGCAAAACUCAGCGACUUUUCCUUUAGAAAAGCAGACCUCAAAAGCUGUUCUAGUAGUAUCUUUAUACUCAAAAUAUGGAGAGAAGUUGAAGACUAUGUAUCAGACAAAUACAAGUUCGAGCAGGCAAGUAAUAAAAGUUUAUCAGCCAAGUCAUGAGGAGCGUCAAAAUUCAAGUGAUAGCAUGCACAACAUUAAGGCAUGGACUGAAAUAUAUUUACUGAGUUUGUGUGAUGCAUUGGUUACAAGCCCCAUGUCCACUUUUGGGUAUGUUGCUCACAGUCUUGGAGGUUUGAAACCAUGGAUUUUGCAGACUUUAUAUGGGAAAACCGUCCCAGAUCCACCUUGUCAACGAGCCAAGUACAUGGAACCUUGUUUCCAUUUUCCUCCCAAGUAUGAUUGUAGGGCCAAUAGCACAGUCGAUUUUACUUCCCUUUUCAAUCAUAUUGAGCAUUGUGAAGAUGUGUCUGGUGGACUGAAGGUGGUUAAUACCUAUGACUAG